AUGUCAAAUGUUUAUGAUGAUCUUUCAAAACGAGAUCGACUUUAUGAAGUUUGUUCAUGGACAAGUUUUACUGAUUCAUUUUGUGGUUUUAAUCAAACAUCUCAAAGUUAUACGGCAGAAGAUGGAACUGAUUUAAAAAUAGAACUUGAACAAGCAGAACGUACAUAUAUGUUAACUACAUUUGAAUCGUACUCAGCAUGUGUGAAAGGUUUAAACUUUCACAGUAAACGUCCAUGGAUAUUAGCAUCACUUCAUUCAACUAUUAUUCAAUUAUGGGAUUAUCGUAUGAAAACAUUAAUUGAUAAAUUUGAUGGACACGAUGGUCCUGUACGUGGUAUACAUUUUCAUCAUGCUCAACCAUUCUUUGUUAGUGGUGGAGAUGAUUAUUAA